CCAUCGCAAAAGAGUUUCAGGACGAAGCGUAUUCUCGCGAAGGCCGCCCGCCGGAACCGGCCAAUCCCCCAGUGGUUCCGCUUGAAGUCGGAUACCAAGAUCCAGCAGUACAACGCCAAGCGCCGCCACUGGAGACGCACAAAGCUCAAUAUUUAA